GUUUCCUGAGCACGUCACUGCUCUUUAAUUUGAUUACAGCACCAGAGUCACUUCUGUGUUGACAGCAGCGAGUGGAGGGCAGUCGCUUUACUCUGAUAGAUGACUUGUAGCAAACAGAAAGCGGCGGCAGGAAGCAAGUUUAACUUUUAGACUUUGUAACCACGGAUCAACAAUGGCUACAAUAACGUGUCGGGUGCAGUACCUGGAGGAUUCCGACCCGUUUGUGGGCUCAAAUUUCCCGGAGCCCCGCAGACCUCCUCAGUACGACUUAAACGAACAUCUGCCGCUGAACGAACAGAUCACCGGUGUUCACAAACUACUCGAUGCGCCUUUGAAGUUAGAGGAGUGUGCAUUGCAGCUGGCUUCUAAUGGAAACUACCUGGAUCUGGAAUCAUCACUGGCUGAACAGAGAGAUGAUCUGGAGCAACUCUAUGACGACGUGGCCAAAGGCAAAAAGCCCAUCCUGAUUCUCCGUACCCAGCUCUCAGUGAGGGUCCAUUCCAUCUUGGAGAAGUUGUAUAACUCGCAUGGCCCUGAGCUUCGGCGGUCCUUGUUUUCUUUAAAGCAGCUCUUUCAGGAUGAUAAGGACCUGGUUCCAGAGUUUGUAAACUCAGAAGGUCUGACCUGUUUUAUUAAAGUGGGUGCAGAGGCAGAUCAUAACUACCAGAACUACAUCCUCAGAGCUCUCAGUCAGAUCAUGCUGUUUGUGGAUGGAAUGAACGGUGUUAUCAACCACGACGAGACUGUACAGUGGCUGUACACACUGAGUGGCAGCCUGUCUCGUCUGGUUGUGAAGACUGCUUUAAAGUUGCUGAUAGUGUUUGUGGAAUACACUGAAUCCAACAGUCCACUGCUCAUUCAAGCUGUCAACAUUGUGGAUGGAAUGAGAGGUGUGAAGCCCUGGACAUACCUGAUAGAUAUUCUGUCAGGGAAGAAUGGAUCAGACACAGAGCUGCUUAUCUACACCAUGACCCUCAUUAACAAAACUCUGGCUGCGCUUCCUGAUCAGGACUCAUUCUAUGAUGUGACUGACUGUUUGGAGAAGCUAGGACUGGAAGGCAUCAUCCAGAAACACAUGACUAGCAGUGGAAUUGAGGGUGACCUUAAACAGCAGUUUACCAUUUAUGAGAAUGCCCUCAGAUAUGAGGACGGAGAGAUGGAUGAAUCAACACAAAAAGUCCGUAAAGACAGAAGGAAACUGACUCCCAGCGAGCAGGAUGGCAAAAGGAGCCGCCGAUCAUCUUCUCAAAGUCUUGCUGAUGGUAGCCCCUGUUCUUUUCGGCCCAGCUCUCCCACCGUAUCCAUCUCUUCUCAGAGUCCUACCACAGAGGUGACCCGCACUGCCUCUCCUCAGCUCUCAGAUUCCUCUUAUUCUCCUGCUCCUGGCAGUCCUGAUCUGACCAGCCCUUCCUCUGGCUCCUCCACUCCACCACUGCCUCUUGUGCCUAAUGAAACUACAGCCUCUGAGCAGGACCAGAACCUGGGGCGAUCUUUUAUGAGUCAUUACAUUUCUCACAUGGGGAUUUCUAGACGGAGGUUAAAAAAGGAGAGGUCUAUAACAGAGGAAACCUCAGGCAUCACCAACAGAGGGUCACUCACAGAAACAGACUCUCCUCAGAAGAAUCCUUUCCAGACAGCAGCAGAGCAGCCCGGUCAGCCAGAGGAAAAGAGAUCCUUUAAACAGCACCAGGCAGACAGUGUUUGUCCAGAGAGUGUGAAUAGGGACUUGCCAGUUCUGAGGAAUUAUGCAGACACGUUCUUGCGCAGUCUCGCUGUGUCCCAGUGGGAGAAGAAAAGGAAGUCAAAUGGUUCACAUGAGAGAAGUUCUCUAAGUGAUAGUGUGGCACCUACAGACACAGAGACCACUCCAUCAACUGAAGCUGUACAGCCAGCCUCCAGCUCAACCACUGCAGAAUCUAUUAGUGGUCAGGACGCCCAGUCUCAAGGGGUAAACUUGACCAGGCACACCCUGGAGCAGCCAGGGGACACAACAACAGCCCACAAUGAAGCAGAGGGCGGUGUGCAGCGUCAGGCAGGUGGGACAGAACAGCACAGCACCCUCUCUAAUGACAGGAAAUUCAUGUUGGACAUGCUCUAUUCCAAAAACAACAACACAUCUGGAGAUCUAGAGAGUCCAAGUCUGGAAAGUGUUCUAGAGGACCAUGGCAUCACCAAGAUGGCUGGACGGCUCUCCAGAUUGCAGUCCUGCUCUUCUCAGUCCACAGAGGACACGUCCAGACGGGCUGAGUUGGAGAGCCUUGGAGGUAGUGCUCAGGCAGCUCGUGCCAGGCUUGCAGAGGAACAGAAGCUCAAGAAGUUGCGUCCACAGUACAGUAUUGAUGCAGACAUGCACUCACAAAGUUUAGAGAAGACACUGAUGACACCGUUAUCCAGAGGUAGUCAGGAUUCCUGGGAGCAUCUGCAGUCCAGCUCCAGGCCUCUGCGUAUCAAAGAUCUUGAUUUCACUGAUUUGAUUGACGAGGAAGAUAUUGAUGUGCUGGAUAUAGACACUUUUGACACUGCAUUGCCUAAUGGAAUGCCACCACCCCCUCCCCCAGUGCCAGGGCUGUGCUCUGGCCCUCCACCACCACCACCUCCCCCUCCUCCUCCUGGGCAAGCUGGACUGGCUUCACCCCCUCCCCCUCCUCCUCCUCCUCCUCCUGGAGGAUUGUAUGUGCCCCCUCCUCCCCCGGGACUUCCUCCUACUUCCCCGUCUCAGGGUAUUAUUAAUCCAGAGUUUGUUCAGAAACGGAAAACUGUCAAGCUGUUCUGGAAGGAGCUCAAGCAGCCUGACAGCCCUAGGAAGUGCAAGUUUGGGCGGGGCACAGUGUGGGCAUCGCUUGAUAAGGUUAUAGUCGAUACGGCUAAACUGGAGCACCUGUUUGAGUCCAAAGGAAAGGAACUUCCAUUAUCAAAGAAGGGGACUGAGGCAAAGAAAGCAGUGCUUGUAGUCCUUGAUCCUAAGAGAAGUAAUGCAAUCAACAUCGGCAUGACUGUUUUACCUGCUUUACAUGUCAUCAAGACUGCCAUCCUUAACUUUGAUGAGUUUGCCAUCAGUAAAGAGGGCAUUGAGAAAAUCCUAACUAUGAUUCCAACUGAUGAGGAGAAACAGAAGAUUCAGGAGGCACAGCUGGCAAAUCCCGACACACCGCUGGGUACAGCAGAGCAGUUCCUGCUUACUCUCUCCUCUAUCAGUGGCCUUAGUGCCAGAUUACAGCUCUGGGCCUUUAAACUGAACUAUGAGACCCUGGAGAAGGAGAUUGCAGAGCCUCUUUUUGACCUGAAACUGGGCAUGGAACAACUCGCCAAGAACAAAACCUUCAGGCGUAUACUAGCAACACUACUAGCCAUUGGCAACUUUCUCAAUAGCACCAGUGCUAAGGGCUUUGAGCUCAGUUAUCUGGAGAAGGUAACAGAGGUGAAGGACACAGUACACAGACAGUCUCUGCUUCAUCAUACCUGCAACUUUGUGGCAGAGAAGUACCCGGACACGACAGACCUCUACUCUGAGAUCCCUGCCCUCACACGGUCUGCUAAAGUGGAGUUUGAGCAGUUGUCUGAAAACCUGGUUCAGUUGGAGAGAAAAUGCAAAGCAUCCUGGGACAACCUUAAAGUAGUGGCCAAACACGAGACUAAAGCUCUCCUGAAGAACAAGAUGACAGAAUUCCUGAAAGACUGUACUGAAAGGAUCAUCAUACUGAAAGUAGUUCACAGACGCAUUAUUAACAGGUUUCAUUCCUUCCUGCUGUACCUGGGUCAACCCUCAUACUCUGUGCGAGACACUAAAGUAACCCAGUUCUGUAAGAUCAUUAGUGAAUUUUCUCUGGAGUACCGCACUACCCGAGAGAGAGUCCUCACACAGAAACGCAAACGUGCCGCCCACCGGGAACGCACAAAAACCCGGGGCAAGCUGAUCACAGAGACAGAAAAGUUUUCUGGAGCAGUACCACUAGACAGCCCAUCCCCAGUUUCCUCAACAGUAGAACCAGAGCCAGCCCAAGAGGAGCAUGAAAAUAUGAAAAACUUACUCAUCGCCACUGAGGACCCUUCCAAGCUGCGUAGAAGCCGUGCUGUUCGAACAGGUUUCGGCAGGGCUAGUACACCGACGUCUGCAGCCAAAGAAGACAGUGCCAGCUCACAGGAUGAUGCCACAGAUGAGAUCAUGGAUCGUCUGGUUAAGUCCGUCACCCAGAAUCCUACAGAGAGGGCAUCUAGCCCAAAAACGCGGAAACGCUCACGGCUUAACAGAAAGUCAUUGCGGAGGACUUUGAAGAGUGGACUGAGUGUGGAUGUGGUGCAAGCCCUUGGCCUUGGCAGUCCUAACGGGAAAGUCUGAAAACACUUGCAAGGCGGGAUUGAGGCCUUAAAGGAAUGUUCCGUGUUCAAUACAAGUUAAGCGCAAUCAAAAGCAUUUGUGGCAUAAUGUUGAUUACCACAAAAAUAAUUUUUGACUCGUCCCUCCUUUUCUUUAAAAAAAAAAAUAAAUAAAAAAAAAAAAAAUCGAGGUUACAUUGAGGCACUUACAAUGAAAGUGAGUGGGGGCCAAUUUUUUAACAUUUAAAAUACUCACUUUUUCAAAAGUAUGGCCUCAAGACAUAAAUGUGUAAACAUGAUUUUAGUGCGAUAGCCAAUUUUACAACUUCGUUACCAUGACAAUGUAAUGUCAACAAACCCUAAAACAACUGUAAAAAUGUCAAUUUAAACAACUUUACAGCCAAAUAAUACAUGAGUUUUAACAGAAGAAUUCAUGAAAGUGCUUUUAUAAAAUUAUAUGUUUCACUUUUCUGUGUAUAAACCCUCCAAAAAUUGGCCCCAUUCACCUUCAUUGUAAGUGCCUCACUGUUUUUUUUUUUUUUAAAGAAAAGGAGGGAUGAGUCUAAAUUAAUUUUUGUGGUAAUCAACAUUAUGCCACAAAUGCUGUCGACUGUGCUUAACUUGUAUUGAACCCGGAACAUUCCUUUAAAGAGGCCUGUGGUAAUGACAGGAAGAACUGUGAUGACAAAGGGAUCUUCGCUGAAGACGGUUUCUGAAAUGUUUGCAACUAAAAUUUUAUCUACCAAUCUGAACAAUCCAAUGGAUGAAUUGUCCAGUUGUUUGUCUUUUGGUUUUAUCAGAAAUACAAAUAGCUGCAUUAAUUCUGCAUAACUAUAGAGAAACAUGAACUGUGUGCAUGGUAUCCAUUAAACAUAUCAUGUUUUGAUUGGUGCAAACUUUAAAUUGCAUAGUAUUAAAUGCCAGCCUAAGUUUACUGAUGUAGCAGAAAUGCAUAUAUGAUACAAUGAUGUAAGAUGUUAAUUAUUUUGACCAGAUGCAAGUAUAUUAUUUUGUAUAGAGAUUGAUUGGUGCAUAAUAUAUCAGUCAAAUAUGUUUUAGGGGUUUGAAGGGAGUGAGCCAAUAGAGGGCACUUUUUAAGUUAAAACAAGCAUUUUUAGAGAUGGAACUUUUUAUACUUUUUGGAGACCACUUUGCCAUUUCUGCUACAAUGGCUCAACUCAAGGUUAGGAUCUUGGAAGCCAGAAACUGGUCCUAGAUCAGUGCAAUAGGGUAACUCUAACACACUGGUUGUUGGCACAUUAAUAAAAGCCUAACCCCAGAUUAAACUGCACUGCCAGUAGUGAUUGACUAUUGAACACUCAGUCUUGGACAAGGUUUAAUGUGUGUCUGAAAAGCUGGCCUGUGUGCUCCUGGGAAGCAUUCAAGCUUGUAUCAUGACUCCCAAGGAGAUCUUGAUUAGAGAGGACAUAAACUAGGAUGCAUGUUUGUUUUUCUUUUAUCACAGCAUUCUCAUGAUAUGCUUGUGGAUGCUACAUACAAUACUGGACAGUGCUGUAUUCUGCUGUAUCACGAUUUUGACCUGAUAUUUCUUAUUGUGGCAGGGAGAUAAUGCUUUCAAGCAGGUUUUUAUUUUAAGUCACUUAAAGGUAUAUUCCGGGGUACAAUACAAGUUAAGUUCAGUUGCCAGCAUUUGUGCCAUAAUGUUGAUUACUACAAAAAUUAUUUCUACUUGCCCCUCCUUUUCUUUAAGAAAAGCAAAAAUCUGGGUUCCAGUGAGGCACUUACAAUGGACGUGAAUGGGGCCAAUCCAUAAACAUUCAAAUACUCACUAUUCCAAAAGUAUAGACACAAGACAUAAUAUGUGUGUUAACAUGAUUUUAGUGUGAUAACAUCGCUUAUUAACCUUUUCUGUGAAGUUAUAGCCAAUUUUACAAACCUUGGUAUAACGAUGUAACACCGCAUACUCUAAAAUUAAUGUAAAAAUGGUGAUUUAAACAACUUUACAGCUCAAAUAAUACAUGAGUUUUAACAGAAGAAUUAAUGUAAGUGCUUUUAUAAAAUUAUAAGUUUCACUUUUCUGCAUUUAAACCCUCCAAAAAUUGGCCCCAUUCAUUUCCAUUGUGAGUGCUUCACUGUAUCUUUGAUUUUUGCUUUUUUUGUUGUAAUCAACAUUAUGCCACAAAUGCAGUCAAUUCAGAUUUUGGAUAGUUCAAGUUUCACAAAACCUUUUAUUUUAGUUCUAGCACUGUGACCGUGUUGUGCAUAAGUUGUGGUAAAGGAAGAACUUUUCUAUUGAGCAUUGAUCAUGUUUGUUUGUUUUGUUGUUGUUUUUUUGUUUUUUUUUUACAUUUAAGGAUUUUUUUGGUGUUGCUUUUUGCACAGGGAGUUCUGCGGUAGGAAUAGAGUUCCAUAUCACUCCAAGUCACUCCAGUGUUUUAUGUAUAACCUUAUAAUCUGUUUGCAUGAGUGCAUGUGUUCUUCACUCUGAAUUUAUCACUUUUAGUGUGUUCCAGUGAUGUGCGUUCAUAUCCACAUUCAUCACAACUCUUGGCAUCUGAACAACAAUAACUUUUAAUGUCAAAGGAUUCUGUCUGCUAGUACUUUAUGAUAAAUGUUAUAUGAGUUGAUUGAAAUGACUUUGAUUAAAAAUUCUGUUUCAAGUUGACAUGUGGGCCUUGAAUCCAAGAGAGGGAGGGGGUUAUGCACACACAUCCAGCACUUCUGCAACAGGUGCUGGAUCAGGUCAAAAAGCAUUGAAAUAAAACUGAAGUGGAUUGGCACACUGUUUAAUUAUUCCCUUUUAUUCAUUUAAAAAUCACAGCAACAUUUCGAUCAGAAUGAUUUUCGUCAGGCACACAUCAAUUUAAGUACUUUUGUUACAACUAAACACAUCAUUAUGUUCACCUGUUAAUAAUCAGGGUCAAUUAUCUCAUGAUCACUCAAUGAGAACAAUCAAUUCAAACGUCAGCAAAACAUACACCAGUCUCCCACAAUUACAAACAAUUCACAAACAUCAGUGAAUCACAUGAUUGUAAAUGUCACAAUUUAAGUAAAAACGUUUAAAACAACAAAUAUCAGACAAAGGUCUAAGUCAAACAAAUACAAUCACCAAUACAAAGGUAAAUAUUAUCCCAAAAAGUCAAUAAGUCACAAGAACGGAUGGAUCUCAAAAUCAAGUCAAGACCCUUAGGAUACAAAGUGCUAAGUGUAUAAAUAUAAUAGGUCUCUCUUUUUAAUAAAAUGUUAUUAACAUCACCCCCUCUUCUGUGUGAUUUGACAUGUUCAAUACCAAUGUAUCUAAGAGUUGAAAGAUUGUGUUUUUUCAAAUUACAAUGAACUGCCACAUGAUUCUUUUGAUCAUUUGUAUGUAUGUAUACAUGUCACACAUGUUCCCUUGUUUUUAGAGCACGUUGUGUUUUUCCAAUACAGGCUAAUCCACAAGGACAUUUAAUCAUGUAAACAACAUUCAUUGUACAAGUGAUCCAAGGACAGAUCUUUGUUCAAAAUUAAAUUCAAUGUUUUCUUACA